GGGCGGGUGGCUGGCUGAUCCGCUCUGCCGACCUGGCGGCGGCGACGGCGGCAACUCAUGGAGCUUUCAAGAAACGCGGUCCGGGAGACGCGGAAGCGGACGGGCCUCGGCCGGUGCAGGCACUUCUUCUGGCUGGGCGUCGCCUUCGACACGGCGGGCGCGACCGUGCUGUUCACCGGGGUCUUCGCGCACCUGGUCUUCUCCGACCUGCUGCUCUACCUGGGUUCCAUCAUCAUCUUCCUCAGCCUGCUGUGGUGGGUCUUCUGGUACACCGGCAACAUCGAACUGCCUGCCGAAGGGUCCUCGAAGCGGCCCUUGCACGUGCUCUCCUCCACCCUGGUGGAAGCGCUGAGCCGGACGGUCGGCCACCGCUUCUCCCUCCCCGUCUGCAACGUGUCCGGCCCCUUGAGGCGCUUCCAGCGGCGCGGCGGCCGCAGGAGUUUCCUUCGGACGGCUGCUUUGGAUAUGACCGUCACGGGCCAGCUCCAAAGCCGGCUGGAGAAGGAGGACCGGGACAAAGACGCCACGAAGAGUGUCCGGGAGGGCGGCGACGCGCAAGACCUGCGCGGAGAGGACCUGAGCCCCAAACCUGAACCGGUCGGAAGGUCCGAGGGAGUCGGGCCCCCAGGCCCCGAGGCCGGGCUACCUGGGUGUGUGGAAGGAGCGUCAUCCACGCAUCUGGGGCCACCGCACUUCGUUGCGUCUCCUCCGGACCGGCCUCGGGCGCCCGGCGGCCUCCCCUGCGGGACCCUGCGCGUAGUCCCCUUGACCUCCGCCUCCCAGCCUCUAGCUGUGCAGUCCUCGGGGAGCCAGCCUGCAGCGGCUCUUGCCUCUGCCGGCCAGCCUGCCGCCUCCUUGGCUCCUGGCAGUCCGCCUGCAAUCAUUCUGGCCUCUGAGAGUCUGUCUGCUGUCUCCUCGACCUCGAUGAAGCGACCUGGCCUCGUCCUUGACUCUCAGGGCCAGUCCUUGGUGCCCGUGGCCUCUCAGGACCAUCCCGUGGUGCCCGCGUUUGCACAGAGCAACCUCCAAGCCCUUCUGAAAGCCUCUCAAAGCUGCCCCCUGGUGUCUGCGUCCACACAGAGCACCUCCAAGCCGCACUAGCCAGCUUGAGAAUGUCUGUCUGGACUCUCAAACUCCAUCUCCAGGGGCUCGGGCUGCCCAGGCCCAGGCCCCGAGCACCCCUGUGUUUGUGAUCCAGCUCCUGUCACCCCAGUCUUUUCAGUCCCAAACGGUGGACUUGCCGCUCUCCCCGGCCAUCCCGGACUUUCAGACCCUGUGUCACACCCCUCACGUCCCCCAGAGCAUCUCUCUUUAGUCCAAGAGGUUACUCCCCGCCCGUCUGCGUCUGGCCAGGAGUUCCAGAAGCCAGUUGCACAGUCUUCUGUGACUCCACCACCAGCCAGCCAGGAGUUGAGUCAGGAUCCCCCCCGCCACCAUCUCUCCACCCCCCCGGGACCCAGGCCCAGUGGUCACUGUCCUGUGAGAACACACCUGUCCCUGCCUCAGAGAAGAGAAGUCACCCUCUGUAGUAUAGAACCAGACCCCAGACAUCCGCGUGACCGCUCAGGCCUCUGCCAAAAUCACCAAUGUUUCUACGGACUUAGUGCCAACUUUAUAAAACACAGGUACUUACCUUAACCUCGUUUUGGAAACCUCCACAUGGAGUCCUGAUCUAGCUCAGACCAGCAGGCCUACUAGAUGGCCUUUGCCAAGUAUACGUGUGUCAGCGCCAGGGAGGAUUUUCCAGUCUCAGACCAUAAACUUAUUGCCAGAAUUUUAAGCCAUGAUAACUAAACUAUUCUAAAUGAUCUUUGUUUAAAAAUAAGUUGGUUUUUAAAAUAGACUUCUUGUGAGAAAGGAGAAAAUAAUGCCUCACAGACUCUGGGUGAACACGAAAAUAAGUGUAGCUCCCACAGAAAUGACACUGGAAAAUGUAACUAUGAAUUUAAGAUUACUUUGUGAUCUCAUUAAAUAAUAGAAAAGUCAACACAAUCAAUACAUUGUAACAUGCCACAAUUUAUAUGUUCAUUUCAUUUAAUGAACAUGAAUUUCCCAUUUUCCCGAGGACUUUAUUUU